UUGCCUCGUCGUCUGCCCCAUCUGCAGUUGAGUAAUUUGCAGGGAGUAGCAUGUCACGUUAUCUGAGGGUCACGCUCUCCCCCUCGGAUAGGCGCGCGUGGAUGACGCACCAUCGGCCGGGAGCGAGCGAGUGAGUGAGCGCGCGCGUGCGUCUGGUGGACGUUGGGGAGGGUUCGGACGUCAUGACGACAGGUCCAUUCAGUCCACACCUUCAACACAGACAACGAGAGGUGGAUGUAUUGUAUUUACUUCCUUGAACUUGCGAGGAUACGACCUCGUGGGGAGAAGUGAUAUCCGCGCGUGACGUCACACGCUCGGCUGUCUUCACAAGGACGGAAGGAGAGCAGACACUUGGACCGCUCAACAAGUUGCUGAAGAGCCACGACGAGGAAAAGGAUGCUGUCAUGAUCCGAAUUGUCAUUAGCGCGCGUCCCUGUGGACACGAUGACACGGAAGGUCCUCGCGAGUGGGGAGCGCGCGUGGAUGAUGUUGAGGAGAAAGUGGCCACGCUCGGUCUGGAGCAGCGGCCGUCCAGUGGCUUUCUUUUUUGGGAGUGAGCGAGGUUCGUGGCGCGUCUUCGCUUUUUCCGUCACCUUGAUGUUUUUUCUUUUCACCCCACCCGUGGACGUCACCGUGCCUUCAGUGGGAGCCUAAUUUAGUGCGCCCCUCACUGAGCACCUUCGACCCCGCUGACAGCGAAUCGAACGCCCUUGCCACUUGUCUGCACGUCGUCCACCCGACCAUCCUUCGUCGUGCGCGGGCAAAGGGAUCAGGUUGCAUGAGCGAGCGGCAGUGCGAUCCGUCAUUCUUCGCAGCGCCGACUCGGGAGCGCGACGUGGCCAGCGUUGGAGCGAUGAGGGCGGCUGUGGAGGGGCGAGGGCGGGCCUCUGGCGGAGCGUUCAAGGACGAGGAAGGAGAGUAAAAACAUCUGUGAGGACAAACGUCACACACUGCCACCAAAUGGGGAUUGAGUGUGCCCUCAAAAGGCGCUCAGGCUCGACAAUGACUCUUUGAAUAUUUCAAAUUAAUUCUCAUUUUCAUAUUCAAGUCACACUGUUGUCUUUGUGUGUCUGGCAAAGAACUGCACGCAGCAUGUAAGGAUAAAUGUCAGCGCGAAUGGAGUGCACCUCAUGAGCUCAGGGGGUCAGGCCUUGCUCAAGGGCACCUCGACAUUAGGUCGGAAGCAGACCAGCAUCUCGCUAACGAGUUGCCAGACUCAAACUAUUACCUUCCGCUUCCAAAGUCCAAAAACCUUACAGAUGAGCCACUGCUCUGAAUACGGUCGUGGAUAGUUCACCCCCUCUGAGGUUUUGCUCUACCUCACAAAUGGAUGGGGUGGCGGGGGGUGCGGGGACCCCCAGUAGCGCAGGAGGCUCCGGGGGUGACAGCCUCCCCCGUCGUAACGGAGGCGAGUCCAAGAGGCGUAGCAAGGGUAACCUCCCCUCGCCGGGCUACAGGUUGUCCCAGGCAUCCCUGGAGGGCGAGAAGGCUUCUUUGGGCGGGGACGCGGCCGCCCCCUUGGGGGGACGCAACCGGCGCCUCUCCAUCAUGAGUUCCGGCCUCCCCUUCCGCAUGGCCGGCACGCCACCCGCCUCGGUGCCCCGCUCGGUGGGAUUCGUCCCCUCCCGCCCAGCCCUGGCCUCCACCUCCUCGUCGGCGGGCACAGGGGUGCUGGUGGUGGCCACCGGCCCCGAGACCACCACCACCACCGCCUGCAACACCACAGCAGCGGGGACGCCUGAGACGCUGGGACCGUUGAGUGGGUUUGGCCUGGGCCUGGACGGGGAGGACUACAGCCAGUCCAACCAGAGCACCUUCAUCCAGAGGCAGUUUGGAGCCAUGCUGCUACCCGGCGUCAACAAGUUCAGCCUGCGCAUGUUCGGAUCGCACAAGGCCGUGGCUUUGGAGCAGGAACGGCUCAAGUCGGCCGGAUCCUGGAUCAUACACCCCUACAGCGACUUCAGGUUCUACUGGGACCUGUUGAUGCUGGUUCUGAUGAUGGGCAACCUGAUUGUGCUGCCGGUGGGCAUCACCUUCUUUCGGGAUGAGAACACGCCCUCGUGGAUCAUCUUCAACGUGGUGUCUGACACGCUUUUCAUGGUGGACCUGGUUCUCAACUUCCGCACGGGCAUCAUCAAGGAGGACAGCACAGAGAUUCUGCUGGACCCUCGGGCCAUCCGCCACAACUACCUGAAGAGCUGGUUCCUGGUGGACUUUGUGUCCUCCAUCCCCGUGGACUACAUCUUCCUGAUGGUGGACAGUCUGGACUCUGAGGUGUACCGGACGGCCCGGGCGCUGCGCAUCGUGCGCUUCACCAAAAUCCUUAGCCUGCUGCGGCUGCUGCGCCUCUCCCGACUCAUCCGCUACAUCCACCAGUGGGAAGAGAUCUUUCACAUGACGUACGACCUGGCCAGCGCCAUGGUGAGGAUCGUCAAUCUGAUCGGGAUGAUGCUGCUGCUGUGCCACUGGGACGGCUGCCUGCAGUUCCUGGUGCCCAUGCUGCAGGACUUCCCGCCAGACUGCUGGGUCUCCAAGAACCUGAUGGUGAACGACACGUGGGGCGUGCAGUACUCAUACGCCCUCUUCAAAGCCAUGAGCCACAUGCUGUGCAUCGGCUACGGUGCCCAGGCCCCGGAGGGCAUGACCGACGUGUGGCUCACCAUGCUGAGCAUGAUCGUGGGCGCCACCUGCUACGCCAUGUUCAUCGGCCACGCCACUGCCCUCAUUCAGUCGCUGGACUCGUCGCGUCGACAGUACCAGGAGAAGUACAAGCAGGUGGAGCAGUACAUGUCCUUCCACAAGCUUCCUGCAGACGUCCGCCAAAAGAUUCACGAGUACUACGAGCACCGCUUCCAAGGGAAGAUGUUCGACGAGGAGAACAUUCUGGGAGAACUCAGUGAGCCCCUUAAAGAGGAGAUUGUGAGCUUCAACUGCCGCAGCCUGGUGGCCAACAUGCCGCUUUUCGCCAACGCUGACCCAAACUUUGUGACGGCCGUGCUGACCAAGCUCCGCUUUGAGGUCUUUCAGCCGUCCGACUUUAUCAUCCGAGAGGGCACGAUGGGGAAGAAGAUGUACUUCAUCCAGCACGGCCGCGUCAGCGUGCUCACCCGCGGCAACAAGGAGACCAAACUCAGCGACGGCUCCUACUUUGGAGAAAUCUGCCUGUUGACACGAGGGCGGCGGACGGCCAGCGUGCGCGCCGACACGUAUUGCCGUCUGUACUCGCUCAGUGUGGACAGCUUCAACGAGGUUCUGGAGGAGCACCCCAUGAUGCGGCGGGCCUUCGAGACCGUUGCUGUCGACCGAUUGGACCGGAUAGGCAGGAAGAACUCUAUGCUGCUACGCAAGUCCUCUCAAGGAGGCUCACUCGGGAGCAGCAUGGGCCGCGGCGGGGGUCGGGGAGGAGGAGGUGCGGGAGCGGGCGCCGGGCUGACGGCGGGCAGCCUGGGCUCCUGCGACAGCAUUCUGGUACAGCAAAUCGUCAAGCACGACAGCAUGCCAGCCAUGCAGGAUGCCAUCGCGGCAGCGGCAGCGGCGGGAAGAGGUGGCGUCAUGGGAGGCGGCGGCAACGGCGCCAUGUCCCCCAGGCCUCGCCCCGUCAUCUGGGCACCACUGGUACACGCCCCGCUGCAGACAGCGGCCGCCACUAGCAACGUGGCCAUCGCCCUCAUGCACCAGCAGCAGCAGCAGCACGCGCUGGGAGGCACGUUCUUCGUGCCUUCCCCUCUGAUCUCGCCGUCUCCCUCCUCCUCGUUUCCGCUCUCGCCUCCUCGGGCUCCCAUUUUGCAACCCUUGCGCCCCUCCGUUAGCUCCCUCAUCGGAAUGAUGGCCAUGAGCGGGAUGGGAGGUUUGUCCCCCAGAGCGUUCCCUGCCUCCCCCUCCAGCAUGGGCCCACUGGGCGGGAUGACUUCCCCGCCGGUGGCCAAAACGCCUCCCACCGCUGCCGCUGUGCCAGUCCAACAAGGAAGGACUCUUCACUACAACCUGCGCCUCCAAGGCGAUUACCCCUCGGUGCUCGGCGGAUCCCUGGUCACCCCACCUGCCGGAGGAGCGUCAACGCCACCCGUCGCCAAGAUGCAGAGCGCCAAGCCUGUUGCUGCCUCCUCCGGCCCCUCAGACGGCAGCCCCGUUGCGACCAACCAGCAGGGGGCCAAAGAAGCUCUGCUGCGCCACAGUUGUCAAGGCCUGCCCGCCUUGGGCAGACUGACCCAGGAGGCCAGGCUGCUGUCGGCGUCGCAGCCCACGCUGCCUCACCGCUCCUGGGCCGGAGUGCAGCCUCACCCGCCUCUCCAUCGCAAGGCCUCCGGAGGCAAUUUGCUGGCGGCUCCUUUCCUGGCGGGGUCGCUGGCUCGAGGUGGCAGUGCAGGAAUGCUGAGCUCCAACCCUGCGGUGCAGCCCGUCGCAAAUCUCGCAUCUGGUCCGCAGAUCCAAGCGCCUCUUCUGCCUAACAUGUACGUGCAUUGUGGCCCGCACGGCAAUCCUUUGGCCCUCUCCGCAUCUCCACCAUCUGCCAUGCCAGUGUCCCCGACGCCGGUGCAGACGCCCCGCCCCAAAGCGACUCUGAGCGCGCCUUCCCGCUCGUCCUCGCCGCCGCCCUGCUCCACUCCUCCCUCGGCAGGAACCGCCCCGCUGCCGCUCGCAUCAACUCCACGGCCCAAACCUGUGACCAGCCCUUCUCCCCGCUCUUCAUCUCCCUCGCCAUCCUCCACGCCUCCUCCCUCAUCUGUUUCCGCUCCGGUUCCACUGCCCCAAACAUUUGGGCGCAAGUCGUCUCUGAGCUCUUCACCGCCAUCACCUGCGGUCGCCAUGUCCCCGGCAUCCCCGCAAGGCGCACGGGUAAAGGCAUCUAGCACGCCGCCCGCGGUGUCACCGCUGUCUGGCGCCAGUCCAGCACCCACCCCGAUCCCCUCCCCAACUGUCACACGGGUGGCGCGCAGCCAUCCACCGCCCACUCCCCACAGCCCCACUUCAACACCAUCACCUGUCAUUGUUCCCCAAAGUCCCGGACAGACACUGGCGCCACCUCCAGCGCAGACAUCCACUGCUUGCCUGAGUAAAUCCCAGAGUCCAAGCUCCUGUCUGCAGCCUUCUGUCUUUAGUUCCGCCAGAAGCCCUCCUCCCAUCCAGAUCUCUAAAGCCAUGUCUUCUCUCACGUCAAAUCCUGCCCUGGCGAUCACAGGCUCCUCCGCCAAAGUCCGCUUCACCGUUCACCCGGUAAAGCAAACCCAUCCCGUGCUCGGCUCGAGCCCCGCCCCGGGCUUGAAUCGUCCCGCAAAGUCAAGCUCAACAAAGCCCCCCUCUUUGGCCGCAACACCCCUCGGUGACUCGGCCGCAUCCACUCUCCCUCCGCAACCGAACACAGUCCCACUGGCACCGGGCCAUCCUUCUCGACUUGAUUCGCCCUCACGUGCCGCUCCAUCAAUGCAAACAGCCACCCCGGCGAAUGGCGCCUCCCCAAAGGUUGGUCAAACUGAGCCCCAGCUGCCAGUGGCCAGAAAAGACUCAGAGGGGUUGAGGCACAAACUGCCUGCCAACAUGUAAGCAAAACCAUAAUAGGUUGCUCCGACCCAUCUCCACGCAUCCCGGUGCGUCACCGUGUUUGCAUUCACGCUAGGAUGUGAGCGUCUUAGAACAUCGCUCAUCCGUUUGUGUGACUCGACUGGGCCAAGCGUCGAGGAAGGAACGUUUAAGAUGUGGUUCGACAACGGUUGUUUGGGCCAAGCUCGGACCUGUCCGUGGAUGCAAAAGCAAAAAAAAAAAAAAAAUGACAUGAGCGGGGGACAUUGUCAACAGCAAUAUGUGUGAGACAGCCGUGCAUAAGUCUUUGGACACUCCGAGCUUUGAUGCUUCCACGCAUCUAGAGUGCAGUAAUCUACUUGACUGUUUUGAUGAGAAAUAUCAAUGUAAAAAAAAAAAAGGCUAAAAUCACUUGUUUUAUUCUACCAGUUUAGCAAAUAUUAAGUGUCUUGUUUUUGUUAAAGAGGACAGCACGUUGACCUGGUAGCCAGGACAUCUCGCAAUAGUUUCGAGUUUCACAGUUUGAUUCUUGGCCGCGGCCUUCCUUUGUGCUUGACGUGUCCAACCGCUCCAACAUUCAAAGCUCACCUGAUGUCAAAAGUACCAAAUGGAAUUGUGACCCAAGACUUAUGCACAGUAAUGUAUGUCACUGUACUGAAACUAUGAAUAUAAGAAAAUGUGACCCCCGCCCCGCCCACUUGUUUGUGUAAGGAGCGAGCAAAUGCAGACAGGCAAUAUGCACGGCUUCAUCUUGCCAGAUCACCACAAACAUUGCUUUUGAUUCGUCCCACGUGUGUGUAUGUGUAUAGUUUGUUUUGCCCCCACACGCAGCAAAUGUUUUAGUGUCAGUUGUAGUUUCGACUGCUACUUUGGUUUGGCUGGUUGUAAAUACGUAGCCGGCCGCCCGGCUGCCCGAACGACCACCUUCCUCUCCGGCUUUCAUCUGCGUCCGCACAGCUUUCAUGUGACUUCACAGCUUGGCGGGCAAACGCUCUCGGUUUUCGCCACACUCCAUCAGCCUCUUGUUCACACGGCGGCGGGCGGCCGAGCCUGCUCGCUUUGCCUCCAUUUCCGCUUGCGUUUGAUGUUGUGUGUGGGUAGCAACAAGGAUACCAUGAUGCCUAGACGAUACAGUAUCUAUAUAUGAGGACCAAAACGUUUGAUUUUCUAUUUAUCACAGCUCUAGCAUUUGAAUGGAGUCAAUAAAAAAAAAAAAGGAAAGAACAUUUCAUGUCAAGAGUGGUGGAGGAGCAGAUGACAGCGAUUGUCAUGAUGAUGUUGUAAGUGUGACUAUAUAAUAAGAA